AUGUCGGAUACGUACGGAAGCUAUCAGACCGAGAUCUACGGCAAGGGAGCCCUGGCGGGUAUCCUGCCCAGUGUGACGACGGAUCCCCGGCUGCUGGAGGAGCAGGCGCGGAAGACGAUGGGUGUGCGGGCGUUCAACUAUGUCGCUGGCGGGGCGGGGGAGAAGGCGACGAUGGAUAGUAAUCGGCUUGCAUUUCGACAGUGGAAAUUAAUCCCGCGAAUGAUGCGCAGUAUGAACGGCCAAGAUGUGUCAGUCAACCUCUUCGGCAAAAAAUACGACCACCCACUCAUCAUGGCCCCAAUCGGGGUACAGGGAAUCUUCCACGAGGAAAAAGAAACCGGGCUCGCAAGCGUCUGUGAAGAAGUCGGCAUCCCCUACACCAUGAGCACGGCAGCCAGCAGCACCAUCGAAGAGGUUGCUGCAGCCAACGGCGAUGGCAGACGCCGGUACCAGCUCUACUGGCCGCAAGACAACGAUAUCACGCUAUCGCUCCUCAACCGGGCCAAGGCGAGCGGUUUCGAGGUCUUGGUGAUUACGCUGGAUACGUGGUCGCUCGCGUGGCGGCCGGCCGACCUGGAUAAUGCCUACGUGCCCUUUAUCAAGGGCAUUGGGUGCCAGGUCGGGUUUAGCGAUCCGGUGUUCAGGGAGAAGUUUGCGAAGGAGACUGGGUCAACGCCGGAGGGUGAUGUGAUUGGGGCGUCGCGGGCGUGGAUUGGUCAGGUUGUUGCCAGUGGACCGCAUACAUGGGAGGAUCUCGCUUUUGUGAGGAAGCAUUGGACGGGUCCGAUUGUGUUGAAGGGGAUCCAGCACGUAGAUGACGCGCGGAAGGCGUUGGAGUAUGGAUGCGAUGGCAUUGCGGUCUCGAAUCAUGGCGGUCGGCAGGUCGACGGGGCCAUUGGUUCUUUGGAUGUUCUCCCCGAGAUCGUCGACGCGGUCGGGGACAAAAUGACCGUCUUGUUCGACUCGGGCGUUCGCACUGGCGUGGAUGUCAUCAAGGCACUGUGUCUGGGUGCGCAGGCGGUGCUGGUCGGUCGCCCAGUCAUUUAUGGAUUCGGAAUUGAAGGGCGCAAUGGGGCACGCCAGGUCUUGCAGGGUCUGCUGGCGGAUUUCUGGCAGAGUAUGGGCCUGGCGGGCAUCCGGACGGUCGGCGACUGUAACCGAGAACUGAUCCGCAAGGUACAGCACGCGGGCGAUGUCAAAGCGAUGAUGUAG